AUUAGUGAAUCUCUAAAGUUAUAAUGAUAAAGUCGAAUGUUGCGCACAUGACCCAUGGAACUCUAAAAUGAUCAGGUUAUUUAGAAGCUAGUAACCCGGGUUAUCGGGUCACAGAACAGGUGCUGUUCGAAUCAUUUUGACCUAUCGAUCACGAUCGACACGCGUCUAAUUCCAGGCGCCGUGCUGUCCGUGCUGCUUUUAUCUUUGCCUAACCUCAAAGUUUGUAUUGUGGUUUGAUAUUUGAUGAGUUGUUGCAGGAAAAUAUUGCAUGAAAAUUAUAAUAAUUUUAAUCACCCUAUAGAGUUGCGAAUUUAUCAUUGUUAUCAAUAGAUCGUGAGAGUCUGUUAUAGUCAAAAUGACCCAAGAAAUGAGUGAAGCUGAUCAAAUUAAAACGUUUAAGGAGUUCCUUAUGCAGUACAAUAAGCUGUCUGAACUAUGCUUUAAUGAUUGCGUACACGACUUCACAUCUAGGACUCUCCGGCCAUCAGAAGAUAAAUGCACAUUGAAUUGUAUGGAAAAGUACCUGAGAACAAAUCAGAGAGUGUCGCAGCGAUUCCAUGAGUUUCAAAUGAUAGCCAAUGAAAAUAUGAUGGCACUGGCCCAGAAGUCAGGAAAUCCAAGCUAAGACUAGGUUUCUAGUACAAAUUUUAGUUAUUUACUUUAUUAGAUUAUAUUGGUGAAUAAAAUAUUGUUCAACAACACAAACAUGUUUCACAUUAAUUCAAUUAUAUUUCCUGAGAUAAAUUGUAAGGUAGGUAACGAUUACUUCAGUUACAUACACAUAUGUAUUAUUCAGAUUUUUUUUUGGAAAUAGCUCCAAUAGUUUUGUUAUGAUUUAUAAUACAAAGAUUAUGCACAUAGAAUAUU